AUGCCAGCCCCAGCCCUUUCACCUCAGCCCUACCGAUGGAAUGACACAACUGAGGGCUCUAUACCACAACCGACGCCUCUCGCUGUAGAGACUCCGAAGCUGAAGGGUGCGCCAGUGUCUCCUGUGCGGCUCAAUUUCCAGCCAGAGAACUGGGCGCAACCCUCCAAUGCAAGCAUCGAAGGCUGGCAAUCACCCAAGCUUACCUCUGACGGCUCUUCAGAAUGGACACAACCAAACUCGCCGAAUGGGCCGCCUCCGCCGCCGCAUAGCCCCGAACUUGGGCGGCAGGAUAUCGCACUUCCCAAGCAACGGCACCAGUCCACACAGCAGAGCCUCGAGGAGCCCCAAUUGACGAGUCACCCGGCGAAUCCACCGUACAGGCCCAUUUCUGGUGCGAAUGACGAGGGAAACGAGAUAAGCAAUCGUGACAGGAGUCUCCCAAGCCAUGACCAGAAACGAAGUAGUCGAGAGUCAGACUCGACAACGAGCACACAAGCGCAGGAUAAAACCUCCACGGAAUCGUCGGCCGAGACAAAUCCCAGCACAUAUUCUCAAGAUGAAUCCGUGAGCCAAACAGUGUCUGGUCGUACCUCCAAGGAAUCCAUUGUCGAGGACAGCCAAUCGAUUCCUCGGCUGCAAUACCAUCAUCAAAAGCCGGAUUUGUCCGUCCUCGAAACUGACAGCGGACCUGCAGUAGCAGAUCCCAGGCAUUCUUCGGCAUUAAAUCUUGCUGACCAAGGAAUGGCCAUGAACCGACAUCUCACUCCUAACUCUUUCCAAAGGAGAAGUUCCAUGCCUCGACCAGUUUCUGCGUACUCAGUUUAUUCUUCCCCAGGCCCUCACGGCCGAUCCGCGUCCUCGCAAGCCAGGCGAUCACCGGAUACCCGUCCCAUGUCGUAUGCUGAGCUACUCAAUGUACCGUAUCCUCAGCCAGCGCCUGCUCCUCUGACAAUCGACAAUGCGGCUCUUCGCGGCAACGUGGGAACAAAUGCAUCCCUCCUCAGCGCACAGAAGACUCUUGAGAUGUACAGACAAAACGUUAAGAAAACAAACGAUCUCUCCAUUCAGUACUCGUUUGCAGUGUUCUUGAUUACGACAGCUCAAGAACAAGGUUAUGCACCCGAACAUCCCACCAAAAAGAAAGUUUCGAAACUGCAUGACCGAGACGGUCAAAGUCCGGAUGGCCGAGGGGCAGACACAUCGCCUGCAGAAUUAGUGCGGGAAGCCAAGACCAUCUUGACGCGGUUGGCUAAUGGUGGGUAUCCUUUCGCUCAGUACUACCUGGCAGACGGUUAUGCAUCGGGCUUGUUCAACAAAGGCAAGGAAGACUAUAACGCUGCCUUCCCCUUAUUUGUGUUGGCUGCAAAACACGGACACGCUGAGUCUGGUUAUCGUGCCGGGUUGUGCUACGAGUUUGGCUGGGGUUGUCGAAAAGAUCCUGCGAAAGCCGUGCAAUACCUGCGUACUGCAGCUUCCAGAGGGCAUCCGGGAGCUAUGACGAGGCUAGGUAAAGCGUGCUUGUCCGGUGAUCUGGGUGAAAACCGGUAUCGUGAAGGUAUCAAAUGGCUGAAGAGAGCGACUGAGGCAUCCGAUGCCAUGUACAAUGCAGCGCCCUACCAACUCGGUGUUCUUUAUGAGACCGGUUACGGUGAAGAUAUCUUCAAAGACGAAGGCUACGCCGCGGAACUCUUUACCCAAGCGGCUGAGCUGGGCCAUCCCGAGGCGAGCUUUCGUAUGGGUGAUGCGUACGAACAUGGAAAGCUCAACUGUCCCAGAGACCCAGCACUCAGUGUUCACUUCUAUACUGGUGCUGCAGAGCGUGGUCACGCUGCUGCAAUGAUGGGCCUGUGCGCUUGGUAUAUGGUUGGGGCUGACCCUAUCCUUGAGAAAGACGAAGAAGAAGCCUAUGAGUGGGCAAAAAGAGCCGCAGACCUCGGUCUCGUCAAGGCAGAAUACGCCGUAGGUUACUUUACAGAAAUGGGUAUCGGAUGCCGCCGAGACAUUUUGGAAGCGAAUGUCUGGUACGUCAAAGCGGCAGAUUCUGGUGAUGAGCGCGCCAAACAACGACUGGCCGCGAUCCGUGCUGCAGUCAGCGGCGGCACUCCUAUGGAGGUUGCUCCUCCACGGAACGCCAAGAUGAGAAAGGCUGCACCCAAGGAAGGCGCAAAGGACGACAAGGAAUGUGUCAUCAUGUAA